AUGCGGGGAGCUGCUAGCCCACAGUGGGAGUCACUUGCGAGAGGUGUCAGCCGAAGAGGAAUCGUCGGAAGAGCUGCCAGCUUGGAGAAUCUGUCGGAGAGCUGGCAGAUAAGAGGAACCAUUGGAGGAGCUGGCAGCCGAAGGAAACAGUUCGAGGAAGUGUCAGCCGAGGAGGAUCCAUCGGCGGAGCUGGCCACCGAGGAGGAACAGUCGGGAGAGCUGGCAGCCGCAGAGGAGCAAUCCGAGGAAUGGCCACCAAAUAGGAACCGUCGGAAGAGCUCCGAAGAGGAUCCGUCAGAGGAGCUGUCAGCCGAAGAGGAUCCGUCGGAGGAGCUGUCAGCCGAAGAGGAUCUGUCGGAGGAGCUGUCAGCUGAAGAGGAUCCGUCGGAGGAGCUGUCAGCCGAGGAGGAUCCGUCGGAGGAGCUGUCAGCCGAAGAGGAUCCGUCGGAGGAGCUGUCAACCGAAGAGGAGCUGUCGGGGGAGCUAUAA